AUGGACAACUUUGACCUGCUCUUUGGAAGCCCCGACGACUGGCCCACCUCUGGUGAGAGAACUCUUUCAACAUCAACGUCAAAACGAAGUCUCUCAGCUCCGGCCGGUUCCUCUGAGGAGUCGAGAAGCAGCAGUUUGCCAAGUGUGCGACGUGUGUCCCCACAGAGGUCCCAGGUGCCACUCUCCGGGUGCACUCCACUGGACUACACAACGCCUCAAAAUGAUCUCAACCGGUCGGAACUUGGACGUGCUAACAGUGAAGCGAUUGAGGUAGGUGAAUUCAAGUCCUUCCACCGACUCUCGCUGAGUGACAGACAUAAGGGAUAUUAG